UCCAGAGGCAACAGAGUUCUUAAGAAGAGAGCUAUAUACCACAGUUCAAGCUUUGACAACACAUGAUCACUACGAAAACAGAGAGUGCGCCUGCCACCAGCCAAAAAUCCUACCAACUUGCGACGAGACCUCCUGGAAAGCUAUCAAGGAAAUGAGGUCUCCCUCUUCUUUUGGUGCCAGGGUCUUGUUCCAGAGCCGUUCCGUCACCGAAGCUCGUCACGUGGUCCGGCACCAUACCAACAUCCCACAGUCCUGCAUGCAGCGCCACGGUUAGCGUAGCGGGAGACCUCACUUUUUACCUUGCAACCAUUUAAAUCGCCCAUGCCCCCUCAUGCCUCAACGUAGUGCAACGCUUCUUUCCUUUCAAUUGAGACCACUCUUGAACCCUAACGCACCGCGGAACUCUGCACUGCUGAUUGCAGCAGCAGUGCAACCGCAACACCACGAGGCUAGCUUCGAGGCCUCUUCCCAUUUUGGCAGCUCCGCCUUUGGACGGCGGGCGCUGCACAGCACCGCAGAAUUCAAUCAGCAAAUCAGUUCGACCUUGAUUGGAGCACAGAACCCCAGGCCGGCUGUUCCGAGAAUGACGACCUUUUUAAUCUCAGUGUUGAUGCAUCUUUUCUUUUCACUGCUUUGCAGGAUGAUUCAUGUCCGUUCCCUGAGGUCGGCGCAUUUGAAUUUGGCAAUACUUCACAUCCGGAGCACUCAUCAUCUGGAUCUCCUUUCCUGUCCACUAUCGAUACUGUUGGACACCAGAGUAUUGGUAGCGGCGGCCUCAACUUCUCCGAAGAAUGGAGGAUCUCGAACUCAUCUCUAAUUGGGAAUAGCACAAUCCCGACCGGACUCUUCGGCGAUAGUUCUGGCCCUCCACAAGAUGUUCCCGGCUCAAUAAAUGUAAACUGCGUCCCAUGGUCUACUGAUCCGUUCCUUGAGGACUUCGACCCUGGUCCCUUUCAUCCCCUGA